UCCCAAGCGUCCCUUCGGGCCUCCCAUAGCGCAAGCACCGUCGUGAUCAUGGCCUCGGUCCCGAAGUUUAGGUUGAACACCGGCGCCGAGAUGCCAGCCAUUGGUAUGGGUUGUUGGGCCGGCUUCUCAGAAGAGGAAGCGCAAGGGGCUGUGACGUGGUUCCUUACCGCCUUGAAGGCUGGCUAUAGGCACUUUGACACUGCAUGGCUGUACGGGACUGAAAAGUAUCUGGGGGAAGCUAUCCGACAAUCCGGCAUUCCGCGAGAAGAGCUAUGGAUCAACACGAAGUUACCGUGGCACCACGACCCCGCUCUCAAAUCGGUUGAAAAGUCUCUAGAUGAAAGUCUUCGGACGAUAGGAAUUGAUUAUGUCGACUCCUAUUUGUUGCAUUGGCCCCAGGUCGUCGACUGGCAAGAUGGCGUAGGCGCUCUGGAAAUGCUCCGCACAGCAGCGAAGCUCUUCCAGGAAGGCAAGGAGCCCGUCUCUGCCAAGGGCUCACCAGCAUUCAACGAGACCUGGAAAGGAAUGGAGGCAGUCUACCGGAAAGGGAAGGCGAGAAAUAUUGGAGUGAGCAAUUUCUCUAUCAAAACGCUGAACAAGCUUUUGGAGACGGCUGCAGUGGUGCCUGCGAUAAACCAAGUCGAGAUGCAUCCGUACCUCGUUCAGGAGGACCUCAAGGUGUAUUGUGACGCAAAGGGCAUCAGGCUUGUCGCGUACACUGCAACAGGAUAUAGCGCUGUUCUCACAAAUCCCGUCAUUGUCGAGCUGGCAGAGAAGUAUAGGACUUCAGCAGCCCAGGUCGUACUCGCAUGGCACCUAGCUCGCGGAGUCAUUGUCGUGCCCAAGAGCGCCGACCCACAGAGGCAGAAGGACAACCUCACCUUGCCUGCUCUCGACCCGAAGGACGUGCAACGGAUUAGUACGCUGGAUCGCAAUGAGCGGUACAACAAAGCUGGUCCUACUGGAAAGGUGAACGGCUGGACACACGAACAGCUCGGGUGGUAGGCCCUUGUGACGCACUCGAUGUUCAGACGCAUCCUAGUCCACUCUGAACACCGGCCAUCCCGGUGCGUUUGUACCACCUGCUUUACA